AUUUAUUCAGAGCGUCCUAUCGAUUGCUGCCGGGAUCAAAUCUGGAGCCAUCGUCGCGGUGUGAAGAUUCAAUUUGCAUAAAACUCAACGCCGGGUGCAACGAUGGCCGGGGCGCUCUGGUUCCCUUUGAUGGUGGCCGCGUUCGUUGGGCUAGCAGCCGGACAGGACGGCGAUUGGUGGCAGCGGACGGUUUUCUAUCAAAUCUAUCCCCGUUCGUUCAUGGACUCGGACGGCGACGGUGUCGGCGACCUGCGCGGUAUCCGGAACCGGCUGUGGCACCUGCGGGACGCCGGUAUCGGAGCGACCUGGCUGUCGCCCAUCUUCCUAUCGCCGAUGGUCGACUUUGGGUACGACAUCACGGACUACACCGCCAUCCAGCCCGAGUACGGCACGAUGGAGGACUUCGAGUCGCUGAUGGACGAAGCGCGCCGGUUGGGCGUUAAAAUCAUCCUCGACUUUGUGCCCAACCAUACGAGCGAUCAGUGCGAGUGGUUCCGACGGUCCGUGGCCCGGGAACCGCCGUACAGCGAGUACUACGUGUGGCAUGAUGGCCGCGAGGACGCUAAUGGAACCCGUUUACCGCCGAAUAACUGGCAAUCGGUAUUUUACGGCUCGGCCUGGACGUACCACCCGGAGCGGGGUCAGUACUACCUGCACCAGUUCACUGCCCAGCAGCCCGAUUUGAACUUCCGGCAGCCAGCCGUGGUCGAGGAGAUGAAGGAAGUGUUGCGGUUUUGGCUGCGCAAAGGUGUCGCCGGGUUUCGCAUCGACGCCGUCAACCAUCUCUUCGAGGUCGAGGACUUUCGGGACGAGCCGGAAACGGGCACUGACCGGGAUCCGCUUUCGUACGGCUACACACACCACAUCUACACGAAGGAUCUGCUCGAAGACUACGACAUGGUGUACCAAUGGCGGGCGUUGUUGGACGACUGGAGCCGACAGUAUGGUGGCGACAGUCGAAUCAUUAUGACCGAGGCGUAUGCCAACAUUACCUUCACGAUGCGGUACUAUCACGAAGGCGAGGACGGCCACGGUCAGUCGGUGCGCCGUGGGUCACAUAUGCCGUUCAACUUUCUACUGAUCACCGAUCUCGAGCGGGGCUCUAGUGCACAGGACUUUGUGUUUACCAUCAACAAAUGGCUCACGUACAUGCCGCGGGAUGCGACGGCCAACUGGGUGCUGGGCAAUCACGAUCAGCCCCGCGUCGCAACCCGGUAUGGUGCGGAACGGAUCGAUGCGAUCCACACGCUCCUGAUGACGCUGCCCGGUAUUGCGGUCACGUACUACGGUGAGGAGAUCGGAAUGGAGGACUACCGGGACGCGAUUGGUGGGACGCCGCAGGACAAUGGGGAGGCUUUUAUUGUGUUUUCGCGCGAUCCGGAAAGGACCCCGUUCCAGUGGGACGAUACGGCGAACGGGGGAUUCUCGAUCGGCCCUAGCACCUGGCUACCGGUGAAUCCCAACUACCGGACGCUCAAUCUGGCCGCACAGAAACGGGCCGAACGGAGUCACUACCGAACGUAUCAGGGGUUGGUCCGGUUGCGACAGCACGAGACAUUCCGCCGUGGUUCCAUCCAGCUCGUACCGUACUCCAGCAGCAUCGUGACGUACGUCCGGGAGCUUCACGGCAGCGACACGUUCGUCAUCGUCAUCAACCUGUCCGGUGAGAGUAGCACCGUGGAUCUGGCGUCCGUUUAUUCCCGAUUAGCUCCACAGCUUACGGUGGCCUCGAGUGGGUCCACAUCAAGCUAUCGCUCAGGCGAUAUCGUACAGUCGGAUCGGCUGCCCGUGGACGGAUACGAUGGAUUGGUGCUGUGCAGCGUUCCCGUCACGGCAAGCCACGGGCAGGACGGAGCCUCCGGCAAGCGGACCGCAUCGGAAGUGCUCUGGAGUGCGGCCAAGGACGCGGCCGUAAUUGCGUCCAUCAUAAUUGCACUGGGCACCAGCUACUAUCACUUCCAGUACUGCCCCCCCUCGUCGUCGUCGUGGGCCGGUGGCAAGUGGCCAGGUCCAAAGAAAUAAUGACACCCCCGGCACACAGGAUAGCAUGAGCCUUCCACCCACAGGUUCACAGGGUGGGAUGGUUGAAAAAAACCAGGAGCCCACACUGAACCCGCUCAGCAAUGUAAAUUAUCAUUAUUGUUCACUUCAUGCUGUCUCUGGUGGAAAAUAAGUGGCCUACAUAUUGUCCAGGUGCCUGUGUAUUUGUGUGGCUUUGCAUGUUAUCUGAUGCUUUGCGUUUGUGAGGCGGAACAGCCACUGUCCUGGCGUGGCGAUGGCGAGUCCGUGGGCCGUUGGACCGCGGAGAGUCGGGUGCUUCGCCGGGCAGUGUUAGUUAAUGAACGUGGCGCAGAAAUUGCAAAUUGAUGAGCUCCGUCAGACGACGUCGACACCACCACGGUUUAUCGGUCCUGCUCGAAAGCGGGUCCUUAGUAAAUGUGCUUCUACCUAGCGCUAGAGUUGUUCGGCACAAUUUUUCAUCCCCAACAAACGCUUCAAUGAUGUGAGUUUUGUA